CGCACCCGGAUUAUUGAUGGCGGGUUUUACGAAGUUUCAGUCUUUUCUUGAACAGAUUUCCGUCCAGCAGAAGUACACGGCUCACGAAACAUCAUCUCAUGCCGCCGUAUGUGCCUCGCUAAAUCAGUUUUUUAGUGAACCUAGCGGCUAUCUAGUAAGUGGAAAGGAGGAUGAAAACGAGGACAAACAAUUAUCGGAUGACAGUCAGUCAGCAAUCGAAGAAAUGUCCAAGAAAAAGUCGGAAAAGGACAAGGGUAUGUUCCACGACAGCAUUGUCCAGGAUGAGAACGUUUGCCUAGGCCUUGGCAGCGGAAGUCAGUUGAAUGUGGAAAGACCGGUCCUUCAUGGAACUGUGCCAUUGUUUUAUCAACAUGAGAAGAAGAUGGCCAUGCCUUCAAACCUGAUUCCUGUUGCUAUCAGCGAAGCAAGAGUGAUAUUGUCAGAAUAUAUUCAAGCUGUUUCUGCUGGGCAGGUGGAUGAAAAGGAAAGAGUUACCGUGUUAUGUGAUGGUGCAUUACCUACAAAUACUGUUGCUCUUAGUGCUUUUGUUAAUUGUGGGCAAAUUGACUUUGACGAAGUCAUAUUUACAGGCCAUGUUUCGGCUAACGAAUGGUCUUUGAAAAAGUUGUACGACGAGCUUUGUGAAGCUGCAUCGUAUCGUGUGCAUCACACAACACCGUUGCAGGUGUGUAGCAAAGCCUAUGCUAAAUACGAUAUUCUUAAUUUGGAUGAUAAUCAACAAACUGGUGAUGACACACUACUUUCCUCUGUGAGUGAGGAUGAGAAGAGCUCAUGUAGAUUGUCAGUUGAGUGGGUGUGGAAAGAUGUUUCAUCCAUUCUUUGUGAACCUUCUGUCGAUUCUCUUUGUGCGAUUAAUGUCAAAGUUGUACCUGGAGAUUAUCGAUCACCACUAGCUCAUAUUUAUCAAGAGCUUUUAGCAGUGAAGGUGUUUCUCCAAGCCUGUGCUGAUCCAAACAAUUGGGGAGAGUCAGAGCAAGAUGGUUUAAAAUCGGCAUUAGAUGUUGUCCAAGAACUAGCACAAGAAACACAGAGCAUUGCUGAUGGAGGAGAGAGAAAUGGAGCAGAGAAUGGAUUGCCAAAUCAAGGAAUCAGUCCCGUGGCAUACCUAAUAAUGCCUGAGCGCUUAGACAUGGACUAUACAGAAAGACUAUGGAAGGCAAUCAAAGAUGUAAAGAGUCUGUCCUAUCUCAAGUCACUUUAUUCUGCUGUUUUUACUGGUAUAGUUCAAGGAUUGUUUCAACCAUAUAUUUCCCAACACAACAAGACUUCAACAGCAACAAUUCUCAGAGAAUGCCUGUCACUUCGUGGCCAGGUUGAUGAAGGAGGAACUACUGCUAGCAAGCUUCGUUCUUGGUUUACAGUAAAAAACAUUCUUACAAGUUGUGUGGAAAUUGGAAUAAACAAGCUCAAAAGAGACUAUGAGGCAUUUUUUCUUGGUGAAGAGUUAACAACAUUUCAUCAUCUGAGAUACUUUAUUGAUGACAGCACUUCAGUGCAAGAGCAAUUCUCCAAACUUGAGUCACUACACUGUGCAAUGGAAGUCAUCUCAGUAGUCAAGUUAUACAUGGCACCACCAAUAGAUUUCCAAAGGGCGUUCUUAAGACCUGUCUUGAGUUACUACGAAGAACAUCCUGCCAGUUCCUCUCCUGUUUUCUCUAUGCCUGUUGUCUCGGUGCCACCGCAGCUGAGGACACUGUGCCUAAGACUUCAACCUUCAACGUGGGUGGUUUCAUUUGAGUCACAAAACACUGAUAUUCAACAUCUUCAUGUUUUCUCGACAAAGCAGCUGUUUCAAGCAUCAAGCAGUGAUAUUGAUGAUGCUAGUACAAGUAGUAGCAGUAUGCGUUAUGAUGCAGGUUCUUCAUCAUCAUAUUUUUAUUAUGUAGCAAGACAUCAUACUGUUGCAUUUGAAUAGAUGCUGUGGUGUCAGUAGUUGGACAAUGACGGAUAGAGAAAAUACUAUGAAUGUGAAUAUGGGACUGGACUUUGAACGAAUGUAUUGGGAUAUGUUUACUGAUUCAUUCUAUGAGGGAAGAUUUUUUGUUAAGAAAUUUGUAAUUGUUAUAUAGUA